AUGAACAACCGAGCGAGGCGAAAGAGGAGCAGGCGAAGGAGCAGGCCGGGCUGCCGAGCGAGGCGGAAGACGAAGAGAAGGCGAAGGAGCAGGCCCGGCUGCAGGGCGCUGCGGAGGAACAGGCCCGGCUGCAGGGCGUUGCGGAGGAGAAGGCGAAGGAGAAGGAACGGCUGCAGGGCGUUGCGUAGGAGCAGGCGAAGGACGAGCAGGCCCGGCUGCAGGGCGUUGUGGAGGAACAGGCCCGGCUGCAGGGCGUUGCGGAGGAACAGGCCCGGCUGCAGGGCGUUGCGGAGGAGAAGGACCGGCAGCUGCGGGAGAAGCAGGCCCAGCUGCAGAGGGAGCAGGAGCUGCAGAGAAAGGAGCAGCAGCUUGCGCAGGAGCAGCAGCGGCUGCGGCAGGAGGAGGAUUUUUUGCGGAGGGGGGGCGCCCGGCAGGGGCAGCCGUACGGCAAUUACAAUCCUGCUGGUGGCGCACUUCCACUUAUCAGAUUGUUCUCAAAUCGAUUACCUUCUCAACUGUUACAUGAGUAGCUGUCAUGCAAAAUGACCAUGAGGAGCUGCUGCUGCAACCACAUCACGGCCAAGCGGCUGCGCAUGACAAAAAAUUUUCGAAGCUGCGCUAAACAGCAUCUGAAAAAGAAAAACCUGUGCAAAAUUUGUAAAAAAUGCAAGAACUUCUACUGCAAGAUCGUCCCUCUCGGCGCUUUCGCUUUUCUACUUGCAUUUCAAAUACAACAAUUUCAUCGUAAAGACAGUUGAGAAUGUAACGGCUGAGAGCCGCAUAUUACCACUUGCGGGUUUCGGGGCGGGGGUUCUUGCUGGAGAACUUGCUGCAGGUGGAUUUCGCCCAGGACUCAUUCCUGGACCCGUUGGCCCAGGAUUCAUGCCUGGACCCGUUGGCGGACCCGGAGCCCUGGCCAUGGAUGGUCUUCAGCGGGAGCAAGAAGGCCGUUUUCUGGAGAUGGAGGGUGCUAUGCUGGGGAACCCAGUAUGGAUUGCACCAAAUAUUAUGUCUGGGUCUGGAAGGAUGCAAGGUUAUUUGUCAUGCACAUUUUGCAUGAGCAGCAGUCCUGAUCGAUCUGUGUGAUGCAUGCCCUAGCAUCACAGAUUUUGUGAGCAGGCCUUUCUGGAGAUGCCUUUACCGCAUGAGAUGAAACUACCGCAUAAGAAAUAAUGCUUUCUCGCAAUGGCAAAAUAAAUUUACUGGACGGCUUUUGCUGUUCAUGCAACACAGAUUUUUGUAGAAUCCAGUUGCAGACGCAGCAUCACAAGUUCGCAUCCUUCCAGACCCAGCACACUACAUGUUUGCAUUUGAUACCCAGGCAUGGUCGCGGCCGGUGAGAUGA